AUGUUGGAGCUGCUCGAGCAGGCUGAGCAUGAGAGAACUCGCGACAAAUUUGAGGAUCCGCGCCGCGUGUUUUUAGCGCAGGGCUGCUGCCACCAAAUUGGUGAACCAGACCACCGCAAGAAGACCACCUUCUUAGCUUUUGAGCAUCCGGAAUUCGCAUUAUAUUCACCACCUACACUCUUUUACGCCUCAAAUUCGAAUUGCAAGCAACAAUGGUCACUGGACGCUCUCGUUGGACUUGUGAUGCUUGUCGCCGCGACAGUUGUCUUCUUAUACUACUCCAUCUGGACUUUGCUCAUGCCCUUCGUCGAUUCGGACCACCCUUUGCAAAACGUUUUCCCUCCUCGAGUCUGGGCUAUCCGGAUACCUGUGAUUCUGAUUCUAUGUGCCUCUGCCGUUGUGGGAUCAUUCCUCAGCGUCGUUAUGAUCCGGAGUAACAGAAAGAGAGCGGCAAAGGCCAAGGUCGCUGGCAAGAAGAAGGCCUAA